UAAAAUGUGCGAUCGCCAAUGUACCAUAGAAGAAGUAGUCCCGGUCGGUAGAACGAAGAUGGCAGCUGAAAGCGAUGUGCUGUCUGAGAUCGAGGUUCUCCAGUCCAUCUAUCUGGAUGAGCUGCAGAUUAACAGGAGAGAUGAUGGGGGAUGGGAGGUGAGUCUGGUACUAUAUCCCUCCACGGGUGAAGAUUCCCUCUCUCAGUUUGUGCGACUCACCCUAACUUUGACUCUCGACUUGCAGUAUCCCUCCUCUCCUCCCUCCAUUUCCAUCCACAACCCCCGGGGUCUUUCUGAUGACAAGCUGUGCAGUGUGCAGAAAUGUCUGCAGACAGAGGCGGAGUCCUGCCUGGGUUCCCCUGUGUUGUACCAGCUCAUUGAGAAAGCCAAAGAGAUCCUGACGGAGAGCAAUAUUCCCCAUGGCAACUGUGUCAUCUGCCUUUACGGGUUUAAGGAUGGGGAGGCGUUCACCAAGACCAGAUGCUACCACUACUUCCACUCCCACUGCCUAGGCCGCUACAUCACCCACUCUGAGACUGAGCUCCAGGAGAGGGAGAAGGAGCUGGAGCAGGACAAGACACGGGAGAGGACCGACGAUGAGGAGCUAACCGUUGUGUGUCCCGUGUGUAGAGAACCUCUGACUUACAACGUUGACCAGCUCCUGUCCAAUCCCGCCCCUAGCUUUCCAAAGCUGGAGGGAGCGGUGAUAGGGGUGGAGUUCCGGCAGAGGUGGGCUGAGCUCCAGAACAUUUUGGAGCGUCAGAAAGCAAAAGGCGGGAUUAUUGACACAGAGGCGGAGUCUAACCGCUUCCUCAUACAUAUUAAUGAGCCGCCUCCCGACUCGGACAACGUCAGCGCUGACGGGAAUGCCUCUCCCAGCCAAUCACUGCCCUCCCUUCCCCCUGCCUCCACCAAUCAGAUCACAGCACCAAAGCUGCAGCACGCUGGCCACUCGCAUCGCAGGGGAAGGCCAGGUCACCAGUACUGGCACCAAGGGCUGCAGGGCCACUUCAGGGGCCCGAGGAGGGGAGGGAGAGGCAGGCCCCACACCCACCCAGGGACACCUGUCCCCCCCACCGACCAUCUGGACAAACUCUCUCUGUCCUCAGAGAAACACGACAACUUCCACAGCGCUCCUCCUGUCAACUCUCAUGACGCACCAAUCAAAGCCAGACUUCAGGAGAACUCUAGCCACCCGGAACUGGGACAAGCACAGUUAAGCCAAUUGGAGAAGGAAGAAGGGGAGGGACGUACGGAGCUAGGCCAACAAGAGGCUCCAGUUCCUAAAGAUGGUCAGCCAAUAAGCAAAUCAAGCCUGGACACUACUAAAAUGGACAUCCCACCUAGCAAUGGCAUGGAAAUGGAGCCUGGGCGAGGCCAUAGGGAGAGGGGAAGGAGGAGGGGCCCUCGCGGUUCAGCGCAACAGCCUGACCAAUGGCAAGAGAGGUAUUUGAGAGGCACGGACCAAUGGGAUGCUCGGGGGGGCAGGUACCAUCGCUACUGGGACGGGCGAGGUCAGCGAAGCAGGGGAGGUGCCAACUACCCCCGUGGUGGCAGAGCUCACAUGGCUGGUGGGAGGGGCUUCCAUCAGAGUGUGGGAGAGGUGGGGAGAGAGGGUGCUGCUCUAUGACAAAGGGGCAAAGGAGGAACUAAGAACAACUAUGUCUGUACCUCCAUUUACAUUCUCGACUCACCUAAAAUAAAGCUUUGCAUUGUCUGGCACCUAAGUGAA